AUGACGAUGAUAGAAUUUGAGACUUGGCCACCAGCGAGCUCCGAGUUGCAGCAAUCUCAACGCGAACUCGUCCUCCUCAGUAGCAUCUUGAUGACACUGGACAUGUUCGGUACGAGGGAGAUUGAGAUAACCAAGCUCCACGCUAACGACGGUUUUGAGAAUGAUGCCGCCGCUGGAAGGGACGACUGGGUAAACUCUGUACGAACACGGAAGGCUGUGCAGAUCCAGGUCGACAUUAACUUCAUAGGCAACCACAUCAGCCUCCUAGGCGAGGGACCUACCAGGAUGGAAGCGAUGCAAAUCACACCGCCCGCCAAGCCGCACGCUGCCACCAACGCAGAGCAUGCCAAUGGAACCGUCCUAAGAUUAGCUGGAGAGUACCUCUUUGAAGACACGAACAACGUCGACCCGUCAUAG